AUGACAGAUUCUCCAGGAUCUAGAUGCAUCCAGUGGGACCGAUGCAACCAUGGAAUCCAGGGAAGCAAUCCCAUGGGCUGGGAAUUCCCGGAAAGAAGCAGAGCAUUGAACAUCCCCCGCUUCCGCAAGUCACAUGUCAGGGAAGUAGUGACUUGUCGAUCGACCAUGUCCUCCGGUUUUCAAAUGGCAGACUAUGGCAAGCGGGGAGUUGUCGUUUGGCUAACAUCUACCACCAUCGCAGACACGCUGACAAUACCAGCAUCGACGUUGUCUCUCGGUUUCUUGGAUUUGCCUCUCAAGAUUCGCAACACCAUAUACAAUCAUGUACUCGUCAUACCCCAUCCACUUCAUAUUUUCCAGGACCCAGGUUGUUCAUUGGAGGUUUUUGCACCCGAAAGGCCCUGUUCAUGGCUUGCAUUGACCUACGUCAAUCGGCAGAUAUCGGAUGAGACCAGGAAGAUUCUGUAUAGUAUGAAUCGAUUUAUCUUCCAGGAGAUGGAGACGGCCCGGCGUCAAGGCACUCUCCUGGAAUCCUUCUUGAUCUGUAUCGGUUCCUCAAAUUCUCGGGUUCUGUCCCAUCUAUGUAUCAACUUUCCGGCCAUCGAGAGGUUACCGGGCCUUUCUUCAGAAGCAAGGCUCACAGAGGAUGGCUUGCGGAGAUUGCAGCUUCUACGACAAAGCUGUACCGGUUUGAAGACAUUGGAGAUACUCAUUUUUGGCCAUUUUGCCAACAUUCUGGUCGCAGAUCACCAGCUAAUAGAUAAAUCCUUUCGAAAUAUCAUUCUGGAGGUCGAUGCGCAGAUAAGAGGAAUAACUCCCCUGGAGGCUAUUGUUGUCAGAAUAGUAUAUUCUCGCGGAAUUCCAGCCGCAGUACGAGGAUAUUUACAAGGGCUUGGAAUGGGUGAAAUGGAACACAGCCGCAAUCAUAAUCUACCAAACACUCAGUUCUUGCGAAGCUCCCUCGUCAAUUGCUUGAAACUAAUGGCGGGUUUACUCCGUACUUUGGACUGUGUCAGCAGUGAACGGGCGCUAAGCCCGAAAAAAGGGGCCUGGAAUUUUUCCCACUGGUCAUGGGCCGACUAUCUCCUGAAUGAGUUCGGCAUCUUGGCCUCGCGCUCAUCCGAACGGCUGUUGGCAGUGGGUAAAGAAUGCUUGGCAAACCCGAAACUGCAGACUCUGCAUAAGUUGGGAGGUAGGUAG